AUGGGCAUUCUGCAAAUGCUUGCCCGGACCUUAGACCUAGAGGACAAUGCCUUCAUCGAGUUUUGCAAGCACCUUGUUGCUGUACUUCGACUCCUGUAUUACCCUCCUCAGGAGCCCGAUGUAACCGAGUUAGAGCGAGACUUUAGCGCUGAAGCAAUAUUGUUACAAGACACGACCGGCGGCCUACAAGUAUGGAACAAGGUUUCUUUAGAAUGGAUUGAUGUCACUGCUAUCCCAGGAGCCUAUGUAGUCAACCUAGGCAACAUGAUGAUGCGGUGGACCAACGAUCGAUACUUCUCUACUUUGCAUCGAGUGAUCAAUAAGAGCGGCAAGAAGCGUUUCAGUGUACCCUGCGAGAAUGCUAAGGAAGGAGCGAAAAACCCUCCGAUUACAGUGGGAGAAUGGAUGGCAGGGCGAUAUGCGGAUACUUAUGGUACAUUUGAGAAGAAUACUAUCGGUUACGACAUUGGCCUCAAACAAUAUCCCCAGGAGUCCCGUGAUAGCUUCAAUGUUCUCAAACACGUCGGAGGCGAUGGCCCUUACAUACAGCGCGAAUCGUACGGAAUCAGCCGCGACCCUCCAGCUUCAUGCUCGGUUGAUCAGAUUAUCAUGAUCAAACGUCAUGGCGAGCGCUAUCCGGAGGUCGAAACAGGCGCAGAAUUUGAGGAGCUCUUGAAAGCCCUGUAUAGCACCAACAUUACCUUCACAAACGAACUUGCAUUCUUGAACGACUGGACCUACUUCGUUCCCGAUGACUGCUAUCUUGAGGCUGAGACCACUACAGGCCCGUACGCUGGUCUAGCCGAUGCGUACAAUCAGGGCGCUGACUACGCCAAUCGUUACGGUCACCUACUUGAUGGAUAUAAUGGUUCGGUCAUCCCUAUAUUCACGAGUGGCUACGACCGCGUCAUCAACACCGCACGUAAGUUCGGCGAGGGAUUCUUUGGUUACAACUAUUCUACAAGUGUCGCCCUCAAUGUAAUAUCCGAAUCAGCAAAUCAAGGCGCCGACAGCCUGACACCAACCUGUAACUCUGAAAAGAACCUCACAACCUGUGCUGCCCUUACGGAAAACUUCUCCAUGUUUGACUUUCCUCAAUUUGAUCUUGCUGCAGCCCGCAUAAACAACCAGACCGGACUGAACUUGACUGGGGAAUAUAUUCUUGGCUUAAUGCAACUUGCUCCCUACGAGCUUAAUGCCCGAGGUUCAUCACCCUGGUUCAAUGUGUUUACCGCUGAUGAAUGGGUGGCGUUUGGAUAUGUCAAUGACCUUAUCUACUACUAUUGUUAUGGUCCCGGUGAUGCGAAUAUGCUUGCAGUUGGUGGUGUGUAUGUAAACGCCAGCCUUGCCCUGCUGAAUCAGAGUCCUGCUCACGAUGACAACAUCACUCCCAUCAUCGCGGCUCUUGGGAUCCUCACUCCAAGCUCGGACCUACCGACCGAUUCCAUCGCGUUCGGAAACCCAUGGUCAAUCGGCAACAUAAUGCCCAUGGGUGGCCACCUCACAAUUGAACGACUGAGCUGCGAGGCGACUGCUGUCUCUGAUAAAGGUAGCUAUGUACGCCUCGUCCUCAACGAGGCCGUCGUCCCCUACCAAUCCUGCCAGUCUGGCCCGGGGUUCUCCUGCCCGCUGGCAAACUACACUGAGCUAGUCAGUGCUAGUCUGCCGAAUUAUGUCUCCAACUGCAACAUCUCGGCUUCGUAUCCGCAGCACCUGGACUUUUGGUGGAAUUACAACACUUCUAACGCGCUGAACUAUCCCGCGGGACCGCUUGGUUGUCAGGCCACGACGACUUUGAUUUAG